GCGGCAGCAGCACUGACAGGAGUCGGCAGGUGAAUGAUUCUCACUUUAAUUCUUCAUGUUCCACUGAACUGAAGGAAAUCACCCGAGAGCAGCCGCCGCCGAGCGACAUGCGUGUGCGUGUGCGUGUGUGACAAGUUCAAACUGCAACCACCGCAGCUCAGAGGGGACAAAAAGACCCGGGUCAACACGCCGCUGCAGACUUAGCAGGUCAGUUGUGAGAGGAGGAUCCUCAGUGGUGUAGCCAUGUUGCCGGCGGAGGAGAUUCUGUGUAACACGCAGCAGGUGAUCGCAGGGCUGGAGGCUCUCAGAGGAGAGAACCGCAGUCUGCUGGGGAGCUUGCAGGAGGCGAUGGAGAGCCGCUCUGCUUCAGAGAGCGGCAGCGUGGAGCAGGAGAAGAGCGGCAUCAUCCGUCAGUCACUGGAGAGGAUAGAGCUGGGGCUGAGCGAGGCACAGGUGAUGAUGGCGUUGUCGGCUCACCUGGGAUCCCUGGAGGCCGAGAAACAGAAGCUGCGAGCUCAGGUGCGUCGUCUCUGUCAGGAGAACCAGUGGCUGAGGGAUGAGCUGGCCGGUGCUCAGCAGCGGCUGCAGGACAGAGAGCAGGAGGUCGUGACCCUGGAGGAGCAGAACAGACAUCUGCAGUUCAUGUCGUCCAUACGCAAGUACGACCUGGAGGAGCCUCACCUGGAUGACAAAGACACAUCCUCCAACAAAGAGUCUCUGGAUGAUCUAUUUCCCACUGAUGAUGAGGAACCGUCCCAGAUGUCCCAGCCUCACCACAGCAGUGCAGCCGCUGCAGCCCAGCAGGGCGGCUACGAGAUCCCCGCCCGCCUCCGAACGCUCCACAACCUGGUCAUCCAGUACGCCUCCCAGGGCCGGUACGAGGUCGCCGUGCCGCUCUGCAAACAGGCUUUGGAAGACCUGGAGAAGUCGUCAGGCCACACGCACCCAGAUGUCGCCACCAUGCUGAAUAUACUGGCGCUGGUUUAUAGAGACCAGAACAAAUACAAAGAAGCAGCCAGUCUGUUGAACGAUGCGCUGGCGAUCAGGGAGAAAACUCUGGGGAUGGACCAUCCAGCUGUGGCUGCAACACUCAACAACCUGGCAGUGCUCUAUGGGAAAAGAGGGAAAUACAAGGAAGCAGAGCCGCUUUGUAAACGAGCUCUGGAGAUCCGGGAGAAGGUUCUAGGUGUAGACCACCCAGAUGUGGCCAAGCAGCUGAACAACCUGGCGCUGCUGUGUCAGAACCAGGGGAAGUACCAGGAGGUGGAGCUGUACUACGAACGAGCUCUGCACAUUUACCAAAGCAAACUGGGACCAGACGACGCCAACGUGGCAAAGACCAAGAACAACCUGGCCUCCUGUUAUCUCAAACAGGGGAAAUACAGACAAGCUGAGGCUCUUUACAAAGAGAUCCUGACCCGGGCACAUGAAAAGGAGUUUGGAUCAGUAGAAGGGGAAGGUCGUCCCAGCUGGUCCGGAGCAGAGGACACUGGACCCAGACCGGACGGACUCAGUAACCUGAAGCGCAGCGGCUCCUUCACCAAGCUCCGAGAGUCGAUACGCAGAAGCAGUGAGAAACUGGUCCGCAAGCUAAGAGGAGUGGAGCUGGAGGAAACCACCCCGAGGAAUGCUGGGAUGAAGAGAGCCAACUCUCUGAAUGUGCUGAACGUUGGAGCCAGAGAGAGUCAGGAUUGUGCAGAGUCGAGCCGUUUGACAGAUAACCGAGGCCUGAGCUCCAGCACGCUGAGUCUGACGAGACGAGGCUCACUCGGGGGGACCAGCUAACACACACACACACACACACACACACACACACACACACACACACACACACACACACACACACACACACACACACACACACACACACACAAUUCCCCUUUUUUACCUGAGGGGAACAGAGAGAAACUUAACGACCACACCUUCACAGAUUUACAUUACAUAUUUCCUUCCUGUUAUCUUGACAUUGACGUAUUCCUUCACGUAAUGUAGAUUUAAAAUCAACGCAGUUUCUUUCUUUCUUUCUACUCAGAAAUUUAAAAGUUCAGAAACUCGUUUGUUAAAAAAAUAAAGACUUUUUUAACAUAUUGACUUUAACAAUGUAAACACUUUAACACUUUAAAGUUCCAGUAAUCUGUUGUUAAGAAGUCGAGGUUGUGUCCUUCCUGCUGGUUUCGCCUUUUCAGGAACAUUUUACUCUGAUGAAACGGAGAAAGGGUAUUUUACGUUUACAUUUUUUUUUUUUUUAAGCUUAAGAGGUUUAUUGAAAUGAGGCUUAUCAUUUUUAAAAACUUUGUUUUUGAGGAUCACAGGGACGUAAACAUAUUUUUGCACAAUGAUCAAAUUGUGUUUGUGGAAAUUUUAAUGUGACAUUUGGUUUACGAGGGCAAAGUUUAUACCGUUAAAGAAAUGUUUAAAUAAGAGAAAUGCUUUUGCCUUUUAAAUGUGCAGGUCAUUGAAUUAAUAUUUAAUACUUCCAGAUGAUAAUUAUAAAAACAGAAAUGAGGUAUUUUAGCUGCUUUGCACCACAUUCCACUUCUGUCAUUCCAUUUUAUGAAACUUAAGAAACCCUACACCAGCUCUUGCACAUAUCUGACUUGAAUCGAAUCCAUGGGGAAGUGGCGUCGGACUUUUGGACACUAACCGUAGAAUAUCAGUCAAUAAGUCUUUUUUGUUCACACGCCUCAAUAUUCAGAAAAUUAUGAAUUUUACCAUUUUAUACAUGUGAAUUUUUAAAAUCAUUUCAAUUUCUAUAAUGUUCAGAACAUAGUUUCAUGCUACAUGAAUUCCCAAAGUAAUUGUGUGCCUGAGUCACUGUGUCUACCUGCUGCACCCACUGAUUUCUUGGGGGCAGUGAAAAGUUGUGAACAAAGUUUCCAUAUCAUCAAUGUUUAAGUUGAUAUUGUGAACUUGUUAAAAAAAACAGUUGCUUAAUCUGACGUGAAACAGUAACAGACCAACUUAAACAUUUGUUCAGAGUCAUGUUUGUGGCCGUCAUGUGACAGAUAAAAGAAGCUGAGGUGCGAGAGAACUGGAAACACGAGCUGGAACAAGAGAAAGCUCAACGUCCGCAGGGCUGCAGGUUUACCUGAGAAUUCUCAGUAGCUUUGAAUUAAGCCACUUUAACUCUUUCAUCUUGUAAUUUUACAUUUAUGCUCAUUCACUGAAAUGCCUGAAAUCCACGAUGCAUGAAGUCACUAAUAUUAACCGGAAAUAGCUUUUAAUAUGAUUUAUUUGUGCUAUUUAAUUUGUUGUAGAGAGAAUUACUUGAACUAAUAACAUUCGACUCAGUCUUGAUUCAAUUCUUACAUCAACACUGCUUCUUCCAUUUUAUGUUAAUGCAGGUAGAACAAUAACUAAUUCCACACAUUAACUCUCAGGAAUGUUGAAGUUUGAAACAGAUGCAACAAAAUGCUAACCCUAACCCUAACCCUCAAUCACUUUCCAUGGUUGAGAACGACUGAUUGUACAUUUGCUGUGGUAGAAGAGAAGACUGCUGAUUGUUGCAAGGGCUAAAACCUGCACUAUGUAGUUACUGUGGUAAUUACUGUCUGUUACAAUCUAUAUGAAGCACUUAUGUUUGAUACAAAUUUAAUUGGAAAAACUAUGUAGAAGAUUGAAACAUCUCUUCUGAUGCUGUGUUUAUUCUGGUGAAUAUGAAUGUUUGUAUUUUAUAUUUGCAAACUUGAGCUGAAAUAAAUGACAAGAUGUUAAACCUUCGUA